AUGCGCUCACUGGCCCUUGAGACAAUCAAUGUCAACUAUCCUGCAGAUCAAUGGCUCCAAGUCUUCACUGAUGCUGCAAACUUACUGGCCCUUGAGACAAUCAAUGUUAACUAUACUGGAGAUGGGUCAACUAUCCUGCAGAUCAAUGGCUCCAAGUCUUCACUGCGGGUCAUAUAUAAAUUGAGACAAUCAAUGUCAACUAUUCUGCAGAUCAAUGGCUAG